AUGGGAGAGCCUGAGAAAGAAGAUGGAGUUGUUCAAUUGAAAAUUGAAGAAGGUGAGAAAGAAAAAGAAGAAAAACAAGGAAAAGAAAAUGGUGGAGGAGGGGGAGGGGGAAGUAGUAGUCAUCAACAACAAAAACAAAAAUUAAUAACAACUGCUGGGGGUUCUUCUGCUUGUUCUGCUGCUUUAACAGAAGAUGCUGAAUCACAAGCAACAACUACAAAUUUGGAUGAAAGUGUGGAUGGGGAAAUUGGUGGGGGAAAUAAUGAACCUGGAAAAAUGUUUGUUGGUGGGCUUAGUUGGCAAACUACUGCAGAAGGUCUUCGAGAUUAUUUUUGCAAAUUUGGAGAAGUUAACGAAUGUAUGGUUAUGCGAGAUCCAACCACCAAACGUGCUAGAGGCUUUGGAUUUAUUACUUUUGUAGACCCAAUUUCUGUAGAAAAAGUGUUAUCAGUCGAAAUACACGAAUUAGAUGGAAAACGAAUAGACCCUAAAAUAGCUUUCCCUAAAAAACAACAACCAAAAUUAGUUGUAAAAACAAAAAAAGUUUUUAUUGGUGGAUUGUCUUCUAAUUCUACUGUAAUUAUUUUUAAUAAUUUUGAGAUACUCCCAAUACUAGACACACUUCUAUUCAAGAUAAGGGUUUGUAAAAUUUGGGUGGGGGAUUCGCUUAAGCGACACCCUCUAAGUAAUAUACACCUCAUUAUAAGGGACGAUUUUUUAGCCAUUAGUAUAGAGGAUCUUAAACAAUAUUUUUCACAAUACGGGAAUAUUGAAGAUGCAAUGUUAAUGUUUGAUAAAACUACUCAACGGCACAGAGGUUUUGGUUUUAUUACAUUUGAUGAUGAUGAAGUUAGUGACAAAGUUUGCGAAAUACAUUUUCAUGAAAUUAAUGGAAAGAUGGUUGAAUGCAAAAAGGUAUUUGGAGUUGGUUAUUUUUUUAAGAAAUUUUGAGGCGGUUGAAGUUCCCUCCCUCUUUUUCUCUAAAAUUUACCCCUUGGGUCAGACAAAGGACUUUGAAGAGCCCACCUCUAACCUUUAUCAUUAUGCGCUAAG